UCCAAUAAAGGUGGCAACAAUUCCAUGAAAAUAUUUACUGGUGUUUUAAGGCAAAAACUAAGAAAAUCCCCAGAAAAUUACUGAAGCCACAGUUAUGAAGGUCAAGAAUGACAGCUCUAGCUUAUUGGCUAUUUUGAAGAUAGAAACUGGUUUGUUUUGUUCAAAAUAAGCCAGCCGAUAAGCAAAGUUAGCACAUACUACAUGCCUUCUUCAGUAUCAAUGUUUUUCCUUGCUUGCUUUCUUUUCAUUCUAAAUAUUGUUGAUCCUACAGUUGCUCAGACAGAAAUUAUGCUGUACAAGGAUUGCCUAAACAAGGGGAACUACACCCCAAACGGCACCUAUCAGAGCAACCUCGAUCGCCUCCUCACCUCUAUCUACACCAACAAUGAAAUAGACUAUGGCUUCUACAACUUUUCAUAUGGAGAAACCCCCGAAAAGGUUUAUUCUAUUGCACUUUGUAGACCAGAUAUAACUCCAGAUGUCUGUCGCGAAUGCAUAAGAAAUGCUAGUGAAGCCCUUACAACAAUCUGUCCCAAAUUCAUGGAGGCAGUCGGAGGUUAUGAUUUAUGUAUAUUACGAUAUGCCAAUCGCAACAUAUUUAACCUCAUGGAAGGAGGACCUUACUUUUGGGUCUAUAGUCUAUUUAAUGUCUCAGAUGUAGCUGGGUUCAACAGGUCAGUGUUUACCUUGUUGGAUAGGCUUGGGGAUCAAGCUGCAACAGGAAAUUCUCAAAGAAAGUAUGCCGUGGGAGAAUUAGCAGGGCCGAACCUUCAACCAAUAUAUGCUCUUGUGCAAUGUACUCCUGAUUUAUCACAGGAAGAAUGCAAAUACUGCUUAUAUAAUGCUUCUGCACUAAUUCCAAAGUGUUGCACUGAAAGACAAGGAGGAAGAGUGAUUUUUCCGAGUUGUAAUUUUAGAUAUGAGACAAAUCGUUUCUAUAAUGCCAUUGUUGAUGCAGCUUUACCACCUUCUUCUACCUCCAAAGGGAAGGAAAGCCAGGCAUCCAAGACAGUCAUCAUUAUCGUCAUUCCAGUUAUGGUUUUUGUGGUAUCGGUUAUUGUCAUGAUCUUCAUCUACUUAAGAGUACAGAAAACAAAAACUGAAUUCACAAUUGAUGAAAUCGAAACCGUGGAAUCCUUGCAAUACGACUUUAGCUUCAUUAGAGCCGCAACAGAUAACUUCUCUGAAGCUAAUAAGCUUGGACAAGGUGGUUUUGGGCCUGUAUACAAGGGUACAUUUCCAAACAAACAAGAAGUAGCCGUUAAGAGAUUGUCAAAGGAAUCUUCACAAGGAGAAGUAGAAUUUAAGAAUGAGGUCCUGUUAUUAGCCAAGCUUCAGCAUAGGAAUUUGGUUAGGCUCAUAGGUUUCUGCUAUGAACGCAACGAGAGGCUUCUCAUUUAUGAGUUUGUGCCUAACUCAAGCCUCAACAACUUCUUAUCUGAUCACACCAAGCGUGCACAAUUGGAUUGGGAAAGUCGAUACAAUAUUAUAUAUGGCAUAGUCCGAGGACUGAUUUACCUUCACGAAGAAUCUCAACAUCGGAUAAUUCAUCGUGAUCUCAAGACUAGCAACAUUCUGUUGGAUGCAUCAAUGAAUGCAAAAAUUUCAGAUUUUGGCACGGCGAGGUUGUUUGCUAUUGAUCAAACACAAGAUGACACAAGCAGAAUCGUCGGCACAUAUGGAUAUAUGGCUCCAGAGUAUGUUGCAAACGGGCACUUCUCAGCAAAAUCAGAUGUAUAUAGCUUUGGUGUGAUAGUAUUGGAAGUUGUGAGUGGCCAAAAGAACAGGUCUUUCCGCGUCGGGGAGGAAAUUAUGGACCUUAAAACUUAUGCAUGGCAAAGCUGGAAUCAGGGGACAGCUUUGAAUCUGAUUGAUCCUAUAUUAGGUGGUGAACCAACAAGUGAAAUGAUGCAAUGCAUCCACAUAGGACUACUAUGUAUUCAAGAAGAUGAAGCUAGCAGACCAACCAUGGCUUCAAUUGGUGUCAUGCUUACCAACUAUGCCAUGAAUCUCCCACAGCCUUCUAAACCUGCGUUCUUUAUGGGAAGUACACUAAACCGAUGGACAUCUUCGUCAUUGGAGCGUAAUUCAGAGUCAAUUGCGGCGGAUAAAUCAAACACCGAGAUUGGUAAUUUAUCAAGAAACGAGGCCUCAAUCACUGAGCUUGAUCCCCGAUAGCAUCUAAGCAUUGAAAUUGAACGAAUUAGUAAAGCAUGCAAUUUAUGCAAUAAUUUUGUACUCGUCAGGUUGAAGAAGUUAUCAACAGUGUUUUACUUAUAAAAAUCUCAUAUUUAUUUUUGCGCUUA